GUUUGUCCCACCGGCGUUUCACGUAGCGGCAGAAGGUCGUUCGCAGCUGGGCGGUAUUUGACAAUUCUCAAACACAAAACGAGCCCAAAUAAUUUUAAUUUUGUCGUAAGUUUGUAACUCUGGACGCGGAGUGAUGUGAGUACUGCUGAAAACGUAGUGGAACGCGGCUGUACGUCGCGUUUGGUUUUGCUCGUUAUGAAACCUUGCUAGCUAACGUUAGCUAACGUUAGCAGCCGACUGUUGUAACUAACGAUAGUUACGCUGACAGCUCUAAAAGCGGCAGAAGACGUUGUUGACGCGACGGUAGUCAACCAGCCAGCUAAUGCUACACAUUCUGGGUAGUUAGAAUUAGCUACCUACACUACCUGUGAGUUAAUAUACCCCGCAUUGAAGCAGGGUGUUUGCACCGGAGCCUUGACUCACCGCCCGGUGUCGGACCAGAUCCCUGGGCUCAGCUUCUCAGACCCAGGAUCUCCCUCCUUUGAGCUGAGUGGCCGGUUACAUGGCAGCCACGGCCAGUGCCCGGCGGUUGCCCAUGGGUGUGCGGACAUUUAGUGACUUUCUGCAGAUUGCUACUGUGGGUUCCCCUCGAGUGUGUCGCACAGCGGUGUCCAGAGGAUGCCUGCGACAAAACAUCAGACACUUGUCGUCAUGCGGCAUUUUGAUGACAAGAACUCCCAAAGUGCUUUGCCUUCAAGACUGGGACACAAUGACUACUGUUCCCCAAAGCAGAAACUUCAUCAGUCUCACCAACAAAAGGAAGGAGUACUCCGAGCGUAGGAUACUUGGCUUUUCUAUGCAGGAAAUGUAUGAUGUGGUGGCCAAUGUUGAUGAGUACAAGAACUUUGUGCCCUGGUGUAAGAAGUCCCAGACCAUCAUGAAACGAGCAAGCCACUCCAAAGCCCAACUUGAAGUGGGAUUCCCUCCAGUGGUGGAGAGAUACACGUCUAUGAUCACUUGUGUCCGGCCUCAUCUAGUCAAAGCAGUGUGUACAGAUGGAAAGCUGUUCAAUCACCUGGAGACAAUAUGGCGCUUUAGUCCUGGCAUUCCUGGUUACCCUCGCACCUGCACGGUAGACUUUUCUAUAUCCUUUGAGUUCCGCUCUUUGCUGCACUCCCAGUUAGCCACCAUGUUCUUUGACGAGGUUGUAAAGCAGAAUGUUGCUGCAUUCGAGCGGCGAGCCAGUAAGAUCUACGGCCCAGAGACUCGUAUCCCACGAGAGCUGAUGUUUCACGAGGUGCAUCAGACGUGAUCUCAGCAGCUAUAUGUUCUCAUCUGGCCUUAAACCAUACCAACCUUUUAUUUCCUCUAUCUACACCAACCUGCAUGAUGCUGCUUAGUCGCCCACCACCUCCGAGUCCCCACCAUCACAUCAGACAUCACGGCUCCUGAAGAUAUUAGACAUCCAACUCUUGUAAGCAUUAUGUUGGAAUGCCUGCCUCGACAAAUUCUUGUUCAUCUCCUCCUCCUCGUGUUCUCUCUGUCAACUUUUCUGUCUACCUCCACUCACGGGAUCCUUGUUUAGCAGAAGGAACCCGCCAUUGCUCUCGCUCCAUGGCAGUUACAAGCUGUGUUUAUGUAAACAAAACAGUAAAUCAUUGCAACAUCAUGUUACCAA